AUGAGCAUCAAUCAAAAUCAAAACUCUUCUAGAAGUUCUUCUCCUAACAGAAUAAACCUCAUCUUGAACUAGUCUAUUUCACCAACAAGAUUAUCUUUGCCCAUUAAGAAUCAAAGCUAGAACUUUUAAAGCUUGAUGAGUAGAAAUCUGAGAAAUUCAACAUCUUCGUUCUCAAACAGAUCAAAUUCAAGGCAAAACAGCACUAAUAUCAAUAACACAUCGCCUCUUAGAUUUGGAUUAACCACUUAGCCAACGACUGUUCAAGAGUCAAUUGAAGAGCAAUGGAGUAUCAGAGAUAGUCUGCUUAAGAAAACACUCAAAGACAUCAAUAAAUUUAGUAACUUAAACUUCUAAUUAGCAAUUAUAGUCAAGAUGAGCAAAACUUUGCAUAAAUAUUGUAACUAAGAAGAUGAAGGCUCCUACAGCCUUAAAAUGAUUGUGAUGUAGAUAAAGUCUAAGUGUGAAAAGCUUAUUAAAGUAGAGAAUCUAUUGCAUAUCAAAUCUUAAAGACUCUCCAACUUCAUUAGCAAAAUGGGAUUAGAAGGCUAUGAAGACUAUAUUGAUGAAAAUGCAGAGAGAUAUCUAUCGUCGAUAGAGUCAGUAGAUGAAAACGAAAAAUUGAUGCAAAUAUAGGAGCUUGAAAAUGAAAAUAUGAGAAUAAAGACAGAACUAGAACAAUAGUUGGCCAAAUUGAGGGAAAAAGAGAAUUACUUAAAGGAAUAAGAGGAACGAGUGAUGCAUUAAUAGAGAAAAUAUAAAGAAAGUCAUAGGUAAAAAUAAGAGUAGCUGAGAUAGCUUGAGGGUUAAUUCAAUCUUAAUCAGAAGAUCUAUAAUGAAUACUUGAGUUAGAUAAGAUCCAAGGAGUAGGAAAUGAAUGACAGGGAUGCAAAACUGAAGCAAUUUGAAUAAGAUUUUUCAAAGAGACUAAUUAUCAUCAAGGAAAAGGAAAAAUAAUUGAAUUCAUAGUAAGUAGAGCUAGCCUCUAGAUAAAAUUCAUCUGAGUUCGAAAGGCAAAGGUAGCUCUUGGAUGAUAAGCUGUCAAGACUCACCAAGAAAGAUAUGGAGAUUACAGAAAAGCUGUAGUUGAUGAGUGACAUCUAGAAAUAGCUUUAAGCUAAAGAGUCAAAGAUACUUGAACAAGAAACAAAUUUGAAAGAGAAAAGGAACUAGUUAUUUAAAUCAUACGAUUUGCUGACUGAGAAAAUAUAUGACUUCGAAAGGGAAUGUGAUAAGCUCAAGAAUAAAAAGAGAUAAUUCCUAAUUUCAUAACAGAAGUUCAAUGCUUAUAUUCAAGAGAAGUUUGAGGAGCUUGAGAAAAGACAAAUAUCCUUUAUCGAGGGUAAAUCUGCUUCAAAGAGAAAAUCAACUGCUAAGUUUAAUGAUAGUACGAUUCUAAUUGAAAAUGAUAAGAGAUAGCAAUUAGUUUAAAUAUUUCAAAGUAUGCUAUAGCAGGUUAGCAAAGCAACUGAAAAAUUUACUGAAGUCAAUAACACAUUGUUUUAGAAUAAUAAAAGCUAUAGAAAGAAGAUUCAUAACAAUUAAGAAGACAUCAAAAUAAUUAAUGAAGCGAUUGACUUUGCAUUCAGUGUUGGCAAUAAUAAGUUCUAGCUGCAGUAAUUCAAUAUGAGUCCAUCUCUGGACAUGAAAGAGGAUAACUAAAAGAUAAAAGGCUUGAGUGAAACAGAAUAAUGGCUGAAAUUAGAAGCAAUAGAUAACUCAAUGAUUUAUUAAGACUCUCAAUCAAGAUUAAAUCAACUUAAUAAUGUUGCUAAGUUUAGUAUACAAGAUAUCAGCCGCCAAAGUGAAGAAGAUAAUACUAUAGAUGAGUUAAACAAAGCUAUUAUCAUUAAGGCUUAGGAUUUGGAGUAUGGUAAUUCCAUUAUGUAAGACAAAAGCUCACAUUACUAGCAUGAUUCUAACUUCGAUGAUGCUGGCUAUUAAGGAGUCAGGAUCAUAAAUCAAUCUAAUAUUCUGGAUGGACUCAGUAGCUACUAAGUUGAAGAUUCGUAGCAAACAUUUUUGAAGUAAGGAUUAGGAAGCUAGCAAGUACUUGGAUAUAACUAAACAGAAAAGAGAGCUGGGGCGAAUGGAAUAAUAUAUGACAACUCAUUUGGCUCUUAGUUAGGUCCACAGAAUAUGAAUAAUAUAAAUAACAGCUAGGCAUUUAGCCUCUUUGGAGGAGCUAAUGGUGCAAAUAUUAUGAAUGGAGACAGUAUUGAUGAUUUCAGCAAAUCUAGCAAGAAGAGCAAAUUUUCUAAGUUUUUAAAUGAGUGA